AGCCGCGUAGGGAGCAGGGGUCCUAGCCGUAACUUGUUCGCCCACACCCCGCCACCUUCGCCACCUUCGGGAGCCCAGGUGUGCAUCUUGCAAACUCCGCCUUCUGCACCUGCCACUUGAGCCCGCGCGCGCGAGCCUGGGACCGAGCCAUGGCCAACGCGGGGCUGCAGCUGUUGGGUUUCAUCCUGGCCUCGCUGGGAUGGAUCGGCUCCAUCGUCAGCACCGCCUUGCCCCAGUGGAAGAUUUACUCCUAUGCUGGGGACAACAUCGUGACCGCCCAGGCCAUCUUCGAGGGGCUGUGGAUGUCCUGCGUUUCGCAAAGCACCGGGCAGAUCCAGUGCAAAGUCUUUGACUCCUUGCUGAAUCUGAGCAGUACUUUGCAGGCAACCCGUGCCUUGAUGGUGAUUGGCAUCCUGCUGGGGCUGAUCGCAAUCUUUGUGUCCACCAUUGGCAUGAAAUGCAUGAAGUGCUUGGAAGAUGACGAGGUGCAGAAGAUGUGGAUGGCUGUCAUCGGGGGCAUUAUAUUUGUUGUUUCUGGUCUGGCGACUUUAGUCGCCACAGCAUGGUAUGGAAAUAGAAUUGUUCAAGAAUUCUAUGACCCCAUGACCCCCGUCAAUGCCAGGUAUGAAUUUGGCCAGGCCCUCUUCACUGGCUGGGCUGCUGCCUCCCUCUGCCUCUUGGGAGGUGCCCUACUUUCAUGCUCCUGUCCCCGGAAAACAACCUCUUACCCAACACCAAGGCCUUAUCCCAAGCCGACACCUUCUAGUGGGAAAGACUACGUGUGACAGAGGCAAAGGGAAGAAAUCCUGCUGGAGCAAAUACAAAGUGGACAUUGAAACUAGUAUUGACAUUAAAGCCUUAAACUGUUGACUAUGGUGAUCUGAACUGUAGUAUAACAAAAGGAAACAUAUUUUUGUACAUCCCUGUGGUUAUGAGGGGCUUGGCUGUGCCUUACCAUCUUUCCUGAGUACAGGAAGGAAGCCUUUUGCAUUUGAACUGCUGCUUCCUACUGAGUAGUCCUACUCAAAUUGGGGAAGGGUGCUCCUUAAAUGUGUAUAAAUAUGUAUAUAUACAUAUUUUCUAUUAAAACAUAGACAGUUAAAAACCUCUUAUUCUCCUCAUAUUGGUACCAGCAUACUUAAAAUGACUAAAAUAUAGACAAUUCCAUAUUGACUAAAUAAGCCUACUGAUCUAUUUUUCUUUCUU